ACUUCUGAGAUCCUGCGUAGCCCGGGUGUCCGCGAAGCGACAUCUGACGGAAGCGCAGAUACCAUGGACAUGUCCCCCACUGCAUCAGGCAAACGCAGGCAAACCUUUUUCAGCCUGGAGGAGACCACGAAUCAAGAUGCGGCUCUCGAGAAGAAGAAAGCAUCUGUCAUGACAAGCCUGCACGAGAGAUGCCUGGGCGGCAGGCCGGCAUCCAAAUUUCUCCAAGAAUGCCGGAAGCAAACCAUGGACGAUGCCUUGCUCGGCUUUGAGAACCCGUCAGAACGCAUGGGCGGAACCUUCGGAAUUACAGAUGUUCCAAAGCAAAUCGCACAAGCGACCGAACACGAGGAGGAGGAUCCGCACAAGUUAGGGGAACUGCCGAGCACGGCCAUUUGCGGCAAUGACAUCACGGCCAGCUGCUUCUACGUGGUUGGCGAGCUGUCCAAGAACGCCGGAGUGUACUCCCCGAUUUGCACUCUCCUGUCUUCGCUAACCUUGUACUGCUUCCGCAGCGUUUAUGGCGAGGUUGUCACAGCACUGCCCCUGAAUGGGGGCAUCUACAACCUCCUGCUCAACUCCUCCACCAAGCAGACAGCUUCGGUGGCUGCGUGCCUGACGAUCCUGUCGUACACAGCCACAGGGGUGGUUUCUUCAGUGAGUGCUGCCGACUACUUGAAGUGCUCUCCUAUGUUCGCUGGGAUCGAGAGCGUCCCGACUGCCAUUUGCAUCCUCGGCUUCUUUGCCGCGUGUAUGCUCAUGGGCAUGCAGGAAAGCUCUGCAGUGGCAUCCGCGCUGUUUGUGUUCCACUUGUCGGUCUUCUUUGUCUUGGGCACCUUCAGCGUGAUCUUCCUGCAGGAUGCUGGUUUGGGACAGCUCUAUGACAACUUCUCUUGGGAAGGGCAGCCGCCCUUUUGGAAUUCGAUCUUCUUCGGCUUCUCCUCUGCGAUGCUCGGAGUGUCUGGUUUCGAGACCUCCGCCAACUUUGUGGAAGAACAGAAGCCAGGCGUUUUUCCCAAGACUCUGCGGAACAUGUGGGUGAGUGUCUCCAUCAUCAACGUUGUGUUGCCCAGCCUGGCAGUGGCUGUGCUACCGCUCGGGGACCUCACUGGUGAGAAGUCGGCCUUUGCUCUGGCCUACCUGGCAGAAAGAGUGGCCGGGCCGCUGCUUCGGGAUGUGGUGGCCAUCGACGCGCUGCUGGUCCUGGCAGGGUCGGUGCUCACCAGCUACGUGGGGGUCGUUGGUCUCUUUCAGCGCAUGGCAGGAGACAGGUGCUUGCCGGAGUUCUUCAGCGAGACAAACUCCUGGAGGAACACUCCGCAUUACACCAUCCUCGUGUUCUUUGCAGUUUGCUCGUCCAUGUGCAUCAUGCUGGACGGUGACAUUACUUUGCUUGCUGCCAUCUACUCCAUCUCCUUCCUGCUGGUCAUGGGGCUCUUUGCCUUUUGCGGCCUGUGGCUGAAGAUCAAUCGCCCCACCCUGCCCCGGGAGAUCAACACCCAUCCAGCGUUCUUCGUAUGCGGUUUGUUGCUGGUCGGCUGCGCCUUCACUGCGGUCUUGCUGCUCCACCCGGAGAUGCUGACCUACUUCUACAUCUACUACGGCAUCACCACCACGAUGGUCAUGCUGACUUUUGCACGGGUCUCGAUCUUCACGGCCUUCCUUCGCUUGCUCAGCCACUCCAAGGUAGUCCGCUUCGUGAUCCAAUGGUUCGUGGACAAGACGGAGGCCAAGCGGUGGGCGCAUCAAAAAUUGAAGAACCUGCAGGACCAGGGGGUUGUGUACUUCUCCAAACGUGCCAGCAUGAACCAAAUCAAUCGAGCUCUGCAGUACAUUGAGCAGAAUGAGGAAGCCAGGUGGGUGAAGGUGAUCCAUUGCUACACAGACGAGGACCAGAUCCCCGAACGCUUGGAGGAGUACUGCCAGAUCCUUGACUGCGUCUACCCACGCCUGAAAGUGGACUGCAUCCUGGUCCAUGGGGAGUUUAGCCCGGCCAUGGUGCAGUACAUCUCAAAGCGGAUCCUGGUGAAGGUGAACUGCAUGUUCAUCAACUGCCCGAAGAUCGACUUCAAACAUCCGCUGGACCGGAUGGGAGGUGUGCGUGUGAUUCUCAACUCCGACAAGCCGGAUCCGUUCGAGCGGGGCGGCGCGGCAGCGCCGUUUCCCUUCGCGCCGGCGCCAUUGUCGCCCAUGUCCCCGUACUCGCAGUUGCCCCCUUUGUCCCCGACCUCUGAAGGAGGCUAUGCGCAGAUGACGACGGAGUGUGAAGAGGGCAAGCUAUUUGAGGAGGAGGACUUGCAAAGCAAUCCCACCUCCUUGGCAAACCGCCAUCACUUUAGUCAGAAUUGAGUCCCGAAAAGAGAGCGCCUGCCGCGACUGAAGCCAUGCUGUGACUCAACCUGACGCAGGUCAAGCCUUAGUGGGUCCCCUCGCAGGACUGCAGCGCCCGUUUGGCUAAGGGUACGAAGCA